CCGGGCGGUGCUCGCCAUGUCGGGCGGGCUCCCCAAGGCCCUGCCGUCCACGGGGCCCCACUCCCUGCGCGACAUGCCGCACCCGUUGGCGGGCUCCAGCAGCGAGGAGGCCGUGGGCGGCGACAGCACGCCCAGCCCGGACCUGCUGAUGGCCCGCAGCUUCGGCGACAAGGAUCUCAUUUUGCCCAACGGUGGUACUCCAGCAGGCACUUCGAGUCCAGCCUCGUCAUCCUCCCUUCUCAACAGACUCCAGCUUGAUGAUGACAUCGAUGGUGAGACCAGAGACCUCUUUGUCACGGUGGAUGAUCCCAAGAAGCACGUCUGUACAAUGGAGACCUAUAUCACGUAUAGGAUCACCACCAAAAGCACUCGGGUGGAGUUUGACCUGCCAGAAUAUUCUGUGCGUCGCAGAUACCAGGAUUUCGACUGGUUGAGGAACAAACUGGAAGAAUCGCAGCCCACUCAUCUCAUUCCCCCGCUUCCUGAGAAGUUUGUGGUGAAAGGUGUUGUGGAUCGUUUUUCAGAAGAGUUUGUGGAGACCAGAAGAAAAGCUUUGGAUAAAUUUCUAAAAAGGAUUACGGAUCAUCCUGUACUUUCUUUCAAUGAACACUUUAAUGUUUUCCUUACUGCUAAGGACCUGAAUGCCUACAAGAAGCAAGGGAUGGCAUUGCUGACCAGGGUGGGCGAGUCGGUCAAGCAUGUCACUGGAGGCUACAAGCUGAGGAGUCGGCCUCUGGAGUUUGCAGCCAUAGGCGAAUACUUGGACACGUUUGCACUCAAACUGGGAACCAUAGAUCGGAUAGCCCAGCGGAUCAUCAAAGAAGAAAUAGAGUACCUUGUAGAGCUGAGAGAAUAUGGACCCGUGUACUCCACGUGGAGCGCUUUAGAGGGGGAGCUGGCGGAACCCCUGGAGGGCGUGUCAGCGUGCAUCGGCAACUGCUCCACUGCCUUGGAAGAGCUGACAGAUGACAUGACGGAAGACUUUCUGCCCGUGCUCAGGGAAUACAUUUUAUACUCUGACUCCAUGAAGAGCGUGCUGAAGAAGAGGGACCAGGUGCAAGCAGAGUACGAAGCCAAACUGGAAGCCGUGGCUCUGAGAAAGGAAGACCGCCCCAAGGUGCCCGCAGACGUUGAGAAGUGUCAGGAUCGGAUGGAGUGCUUCAAUGCCGACCUGAAAGCCGACAUGGAGAGGUGGCAGAACAACAAGAGGCAGGACUUCCGGCAGCUGCUCAUGGGCAUGGCUGAUAAGAACAUCCAAUACUAUGAGAAGUGCCUCAUGGCGUGGGAGUCGAUUAUUCCACUUCUGCAGGAGAAGCAAGAGGCCAAGUGAGGUCCUUCUUGGGACUGAGACUCUUCUACCUACACAGGGCAUGUCAUCCCAUCCUGGAAUGUCCCUGCCGUGCCAGAGAGGAGGCACCGAGCAAACCACCACAGGGACAUCUCUCCUCGUGUACCUCUUUCCUUCCCCACCUGCCUUUGUCUGACAGUUGUUUUCACUUAGUAUUUAUUCCCCGGUGGAGGCUGUAAGGCUAUAUUCAUCUCUCAGUGAAAGAAGCCGACCUCUGCGCUGUGGAGGGACCUAUGAAACUGAACACUACGAAGAUUCGAGAGUGAGGGACCAGACAUCCUCAGCUGACAUUCUGACAUCUCAUUACAGUAUCCUUUUCUGGGACAGUGGAGCUGCCUGUUGAAGAAGAGAAUCCAGGUCCUGCUUUCCCGGGAUGUGAGGAAAGCAUGGAUAGGAGGUCAUUCUUGCUUUCUGUGGCUACACGGCAGCUCUGCUACUGACCUCUGUGGGCACUGAUGUCCAGCCUGGAAGGAGGGACCUUAAUGUACAGUGGCCUGUAGCUGUGAGUGUGGCCUGCUGCCUGUUUGUGAUGAGUGACACCUGUUUGAUGGUCUCUGGCUCACACAGGACCAUUUAAAUCAGUGUCUAAAUGCAUCUGAGCUGGAGCAAGUGAGCCAGUGUCCUUGUCCUCACAUGAUGCCUCGGGGAGCUGGGGGACAGUGCUCCCCAAAGUUGUUUCUGACACUAGAAUGCGGUAGAUUGAAAACUGAAAACUGUUUUUGUGUAAAAUGAAAAAAGGUGCAUUUUUCUCCAUGACGUCCUUCCAUGUUUUGCUUGUUAAAUGUCAUCAGAGUAGAAAUUAGGCCUGUUAGGGUGGAGCUAUUGUCUCCAAGUCAGAGUAGCUCCCCUGUUGUUCAGAUCUUGGGGCAGAAACAAAGCCCCACCUCCCACGUCUGCUUUCUGCAAUUGCCUUUACCUCACCAAAAAUUCCGAGUUUAAUGUUUCCUAUGGUGUCCACUGAAUGCUUGGGCAACGUGUUGGUGAGAGGCUGGUGUGUUGUUAUGACACAGUAGAAAUUUUGCAAACUCAGUAUGAAUGUCCCACAUGAAGUGCUUUAACCCUCAGUAUUUCCUGAUCAAGAGGAAAAGCCAGUCUCUGGUUGGGCCUCCACGAUGACAUGGGCAACGGCGAACUCUCUGCUUCCAGCUGAGCUAAAGCCUAUUUGUAGCCAAAUUCCUGGGGCCUGCUGGCUGCAUCUAAAGUCUUUAUUCCAAGCUAUUACCAGGUUUACUUUUCAAAUCAACAUAAAACUUGCAGGAAAAGAUCUUCCAACUCAGUUUUUCCUUCUCCUGAAAUGAAGCUACAUAUGUCACGUUUGCGUGCUUUCCUGUGGCUCAUCCCUCUAAAAUUAGAAAUCUGAGCCUUCAACAAGUGGUAGUAUUUUCUUUUUUUUAAUGAAGCAGCUGUGUGGAGACACCACUGCAUGUGGAAGUUUACCUGCAGGCACCACCCGCACAGCAUGUUGAAGUCACUCCAUCCCACAGCCGAUGGCAGAGCUGACCUUGUGUCAGCCAUGGGGUGGUGCUGUCGGGGCAGCAACUGGACACCACAGGACAGUUUGGUUCUGUUUCAUCGUGUUUGAAAAAGUCGCAGUUUAAAUGAUAAUUUUUAUAUCAAUGGGUACUUGAGUCCACUGCUAGACCCCAUUCAUACUAAUUGAUGUGAAUUUUCAGUUUGGUACGAUUAGAAAUGAUUCAUUGAAGUAGAUGGAUAAGAACAGUCCGUCUACCCUGAGGGUCACUCAAUGCUUCAUUCUACCUCUAAACCAUCACGUUGGUGUGGGCGUGGGUGCCCGGGUCCAGCCUGACCGCUUGCUGGUGGAAUUGGGGUGGGUUGAUGGCCCUCUGUUGAUAUUUGGUAGAAGACAGUAGACUGGCCCAGCAGCGAGCACUCAUCUUUGGGAAUGUGUGAAGUCUUGCCUUAUGGAAUGUGUGCUUUAAAAAUGUUGCCUAGUGUCAUGAAUACUUGGAAAGAACUAUGGCAGGAGUUACAAGAAGACUAGAUGCUAGUCUGCUGCUAGUUGCCAAGGCCCAGGGACGUUUCUGUGUAAGGGUUAGUUGGGAAAGAAGGCAGCCCUUCAAAAGUCAUCAGGUUCAUCGCUGGGACAUUUGGAGAAAGGAGUAGGAUCCACAGACAUCCCUGCACAUUAUUAGAGGCGGAAGAGUAGCUCUGAAACAAUUUGGCCAUCUUUGGAUUUUGUCUUCCUCUGUUCAGUCCCCAUGUGAUGUUCCUGUGCUUAAGACACCAGAGAGCGGGAACAAGGCAAAUUGCCCUUCUCUCCCCGCAUGCCAUUGGUUGCAGAGCUGGGAAAAGCAGUAUGUUGCAGACUUCCUUGGAGAAACGGUCUGGGCUGGCAUCUGAUAAGGUUAGGAGGCAGGACCAGAAGGAAAGGGACAGCAGGCAGGGAAGAAGGCUCUCCAGUCCUCCCCAGGGCUCCCUUGGGCCCCUGAGGGUCAGCAGCCCCAAGCAUUUGCCUCUUCAGCUCAAUCAGCACAAGGGUGGUUGAUCCCCUGGGAGACGUGUAACUCAGAGACUUCUGUGCCAAAGACUGCCUCAUAGAGGCUUUAUAACCCCAUCCUUGGCUCCACAAAGCCGUGGUGCUGAGAUCACCGACUCUUAUCUUGUAUUUAUUUUUCAGGAAAUUUUUGCUUGCAGAUGGGCCUUACCUUGCGCAGACAGACAUAGGCAGGUUUUGAGGCUUGAGCACAUGGCAGUGGAGUAGAUAGGCAUCCCUGUCAGCUGCCCCCGGGCCUGGGAAGUGAAAGGUUUCAUUGACCCAGGUUAAAAAUUCAGGCCAAGGCAGAAGAGAGAAUUCCUAGAAACAGAGCAGAUUUUAGAGAGCAAAUGAUGUUGAAGAGAGCAGUUGUGACGGGUAGCAGAUGCCCACAGUGCUCUUCCUUAUCAUGUGGUGGGCCUACAGGAAGAUUUUAGGCUAUUCUGCAAGGAACCACUGCCACUGAUGGAGGAGGAACAUCCUACACAGCCAGGUUCUGGGUCAGGAUUUCUUGAAUAAGACGUAAUGAUGAUUCCUGGUGAGCUCAGAUAAGUGCGAUUAUGGAGGCGAUUUGCUUGUAUUUCACUGUGCUGCUCCUUGAACUCACCAGACACCUUUCUUUUACUGAAAUAACAUAACCCAGCACCACGCUGGGGAUCGUGGUGAAUGUAACGUAAUCUUGUCUUCAUGCCAAAUUCCAGCCACAUCCUGAGCGUGUCUGACAUGUUGAAGCGAAUGUGUUUUCUUAGUCGCUGCCCAUGUGGGAAAUCUAAGUGCACACCUGCUGCUGGCUUCUUGUGAGGCUGCCUUUUGUGAUGAACGACAGGAAGUUCUGCUUCACAGGAGGGCAUCCUGGCCCUGUGACAGCCUGCAAGUGGAGUUUCUCUGAGGACCGUUUCAGUCCAAGAAAUACCCAGAGUUUGUGUGACUGGGCCCUGCAGUUGAGAGCAUUGAAACCAUGGGCACCUGGCUCUGUUUUGCCACCAUUCAUUGGAGAGCAGGACAGUCAUUCUCUAUACUCUAUCCCGACUGGUGAGAGAGGAGGCACACCGGGGCCCAGGGCGACCUCCCAGGUCUGUGUUGGGCUCAUCUGUUUGGGUCUUGGGAUGGGUUAGGGCUGCACUAAACGGUGCUUCUGCUCAGAAAAUGGGCUGCCUGUGGUCAGGGCGGGCCCACCAUCCUGGACUCCGCCUUCCUAGACGCCUACUUUAAAGGCCUGUGGAAACCGGGUAAUCUAAUUACAAGGCUGGGGUAACACUGCUUUGGUCAUCCCCGUUUACACAGUGAUGUCGGGAAUCGGGGUUUGCCUCUUACUUUCAAAAGUCUUCAAGAUGGUGACAGGUUGGACAAGCCCUCUCACUCCUUAUGUUUUCUCUGUUUGGAUGGCAGGUGGCAUUUGCCAGUAAAUUUGAGGAAAACUUCAUCCCCUGGGCCAGACAAAUUGAGCUGGGUGUGCUGGAGUUGUCCUUUUCCUUGUGGUUUUUUAAAAAUUCAGUGACUAAACCAGAAACUCAGUAUUCGAUCAGCCCACCCAGUAGGUGGUUGGCUUUUAUCUGAAGGACGCCUGUCUCCCCACAGCUGCACAGAUCUGAGACUGCAUCAGAAAAGGCGGGGAGGGGCUGUUGCAGGGCAUUGACCGUUCUUUCUUAAUCCUAUGUGUUUGAAAUGCUUUCUGGGUACAGCUGGCUAACCCCUUCUGUGUGGCCGAGAAAUAUGUUAUCCAGGUGGUUUUUACUACUAUAGAGAGCCUGUAAAUAAGGGCUUUGAAAAAAUAACAUUAACAAACCAGUAAGAUUAUUUGUCUCAGACAUACACGUUCUGUGUACUUAGCACUUGCAGAUCAACAAAUUCAGACUUUGAAAAAUGCCACAGACUGUUAAAAGCCUGACUCUACUUUUUUGAGAAUUUGUCAACACCUGUUAAAAUGCCUUAUUCUUCAACGAGCACUUUUUAGAUUCUGGAUAAAAAAGAGUUUUUAGAAAUGUAGUCAGUUGUUCAGCUUAAAUGCCAGAGGUCUAACAUAGCCAGUGCUCAGUCCUCUUAAAGAAACAGGCAAGAAGGUGAGGCUCAUAACUAGGGCUGCCUUUUGGGAGGAGAAAGCUAAGUAUUGCUAUUGCCAAAUGAUGUUUUUGCUAAUGUAAGGAAACACAGGGACCACAGAACCUUUUUUUUGUCUGAGAGUGUGGAAGAUUAAUUUCUUGCCUGUUGGCACACUUUUGAUUGUGGAGGAGAUAGGGCAUCAGCAUCGACAAAUCACAUAGAUACAAAGAGCUCUAUAGAUUACGACAAUAUUAAAGGUUUACCCUGAUUCUGCAGAGCAGCUCUUUAAGAGAUACUGUGGGGGCCUCAGGGCAGCACAUUUUAGAAAGAAAUUCUCCACAGGUUGAAAUGCCAAAAACAUAAAACAUGUUGUGUUGACUCACGUAACUUAGUCCAUUUUAACAGAGUGCUUUCAGUGGAGACCAGUGACUGAGUCGUGCGCCUGCUGUGCGCUCACCGUGGGAUUCUGGCUCCCUGGGAGGCAGGUGAGAGCAGGCAGCCCCUGUCAGCACCCGUUUCACAGGCUGGCUCGCAGGCCCAGACCAACCCUCCAGUCACAAACCGGAGAGAAGAAGGGGAAUUGCUUUUUCCUCGGUGUGGAAAUGGCGAUAGAAGUAGAUUGCAAACAAAAAUGUGACUCAUUGUGUUGCAAUGAUGCCCGUGUCAGCUGGGCCUCCAUCAAAUACCAAACCAGCAGCUCUGAACAGUGAGCACCGUUCGCCUGGACGCCUUUGAGGUUUGGGUCCUGGCCAGCAGGUGCCCUGUCCGUUGUCCUCCUGCGUGCCUGCUCCCUUGAUGUCUGUGGGCUGGGAAUGCAUGGAGAAGUGAUGUACGCCUGACAGUGUUCCCACGAAAUAAACUGCCAGCAGACUUUCUAACUUGUAUUUUAACUGUUGAAAAAGAUUUAAAAAAAAAACAAAACUUUUGCUUAGGUCAUGUCCAAAUUAUGGACUGUAUUUCUUAUGUUUAGAAGUCAUUCUUUACAUUUAAAAUUUUUAAAGGGGGGGGAAAAAACCUUCGGAGGUGUUGAUAAAGUCCCCUGUGUAAAUGUGUUCUCUCUCCAAGCUGCCAUUAAGCCAAAUCAAAAGCUGUGAAUAAAAAAUGUGUUCGGGAACGUGUGUCGAUGAGAAAGUGAUUUAUUUACGGAUCAAAGUCUGUUUCACGAAGCUACCAAAUUUUUAAAAGAAUGUCACCUUUUUUCCCUUGUUGUGGAACCGAGAGAUUGUAAAAAGAAAAGAAGAGCUUUUGUUGCAUUUUGGAUGCUGGCACGAGGUUUUUGUCCAUUUUUUUCACAUGUCUGUGUAUAAAAAAUUCUGUCCAUUGUUUACUAUGGGAUUAGUAUUACAUUUUGAGGUAAACAAAAGAAUUUGUAUUGCUUGAUAAACUCUUAGCCUGUAAAUUUCCAAGGUUUCUUUACCUCAAUUAACUUAAAGUAAUGGACCAAUAAACCUAUGAAAGAUGCUUUCUUUA